AUGCGCCAGACGAAGCCUGCACCAAGGCACCGGAACCAAAAGACGGUGGACGAUUUAGAGUUGUACCCUCGUUUCCACAAGCGCGGCGAACCAUCUGGGGAAUCGAAUCAAAUCGAGUAUCCCAAAGAACUCUUCAGCAAGAUCUGGGCUGGCCGACACUUCAGCCCUUUGGAUCCCGCCCUAGUCGGGGUGGAAAGCCCGCUUCCAAGGUGCCAUUGCGUCUUUUUGCUCUCUGGCUGUUGGUCCGUUGCUGCCCGGGGGCCGAUCACGAGCUGGCUUGUCAGCAAACAUGGGACGAUAUCGAAAGACAGGUGCUGGAUGUGGUCCGACAUCAGGAUACUCUAA